CGCCGAGCUAGCUCCAAGCUGGUGUGCAACGUGUCCGCGCAGUUCCCGGCCCAAGAGCUGGAGUCACCAUGGCGGCUGGAGUUGCAGCCUGGCUGCCUUUCGCCCGGGCUGCGGCCAUUGGGUGGAUGCCCGUGGCCAACUGCCCCAUGCCCCUAGCCCCGGCCGACAAGAACAAGCGACAGGAUGAGCUGAUCGUCCUCAACGUGAGCGGGCGUCGGUUCCAGACCUGGAGGACCACGUUGGAGCGCUACCCGGACACGCUGCUGGGAAGCACCGAGAAGGAAUUCUUCUUCAACGAGGACACCAAGGAGUAUUUCUUUGACCGGGACCCGGAAGUGUUCCGCUGCGUGCUCAACUUCUACCGCACGGGGAAGCUGCACUACCCGCGCUACGAGUGCAUCUCCGCCUACGACGACGAGCUGGCCUUCUACGGCAUCCUCCCCGAGAUCAUCGGCGACUGCUGCUACGAGGAGUACAAAGACCGCAAGCGCGAGAACGCCGAGCGGCUCAUGGACGACAACGACUCCGAGAACAACCAGGAGUCCAUGCCCUCGCUCAGCUUCCGCCAGACCAUGUGGCGCGCCUUCGAGAACCCGCACACCAGCACCCUGGCCCUGGUCUUCUACUACGUGACUGGCUUCUUCAUUGCUGUCUCGGUCAUCACCAACGUGGUGGAGACGGUGCCUUGUGGCACGGUCCCCGGCAGCAAGGAGCUGCCGUGCGGAGAGCGCUACUCGGUGGCCUUCUUUUGCCUGGACACUGCCUGUGUCAUGAUCUUCACGGUGGAGUACCUCCUCCGGCUCUUCGCGGCGCCCAGCCGCUACCGCUUCAUCCGCAGCGUGAUGAGCAUCAUCGAUGUGGUGGCCAUCAUGCCCUACUACAUCGGCCUGGUCAUGACCAACAACGAGGACGUGUCCGGGGCCUUCGUCACGCUCCGGGUCUUCCGCGUCUUUAGGAUCUUCAAGUUCUCGCGCCACUCCCAGGGCCUGCGGAUCCUGGGCUACACCCUGAAGAGCUGCGCCUCGGAGCUGGGCUUUCUCCUCUUCUCCCUCACCAUGGCCAUCAUCAUCUUUGCCACUGUGAUGUUUUACGCCGAGAAGGGCUCCUCUGCCAGCAAGUUCACAAGCAUCCCAGCCUCUUUUUGGUACACCAUUGUCACCAUGACCACACUGGGAUAUGGAGACAUGGUGCCCAAGACAAUUGCAGGAAAGAUCUUCGGCUCCAUCUGCUCCCUGAGUGGUGUUCUGGUCAUUGCUCUGCCAGUCCCUGUGAUUGUUUCCAACUUCAGCAGGAUUUACCACCAGAAUCAGAGAGCCGAUAAACGCAGGGCACAAAAGAAGGCCCGCCUUGCCAGGAUCCGUGUAGCCAAAACAGGAAGUUCCAAUGCUUACCUGCACAGCAAGCGCAAUGGGCUCCUCAAUGAGGCUCUGGAACUGGCGGGCACCCCAGAAGAGGAGCACAUGGGCAAGACCACAUCGCUCAUCGAGAGCCAGCACCACCACCUGCUGCACUGUCUGGAAAAGACCACUGGGUUGUCCUAUCUUGUGGAUGAUCCCCUGUUAUCUGUACGAACCUCCACCAUCAAGAACCAUGAGUUUAUUGAUGAGCAGAUGUUUGAGCAGAACUGCAUGGAGAGCUCAAUGCAGAACUACCCAUCCACAAGAAGUCCCUCACUGUCCAGCCACCCAGGCCUCACAACCACCUGCUGCUCCCGUCGUAACAAGAAGACCACACACCUUCCCAAUUCUAACCUGCCAGCAACUCGCCUACGCAGCAUGCAAGAGCUCAGUACGAUCCACAUCCAGGGCAGUGAGCAGCCCUCCCUCACUACCAGUCGCUCCAGCCUUAAUUUGAAAGCAGAUGACGGACUGAGACCAAACUGCAAAACAUCCCAGAUCACCACAGCCAUCAUCAGCAUCCCCACUCCCCCAGCGCUAACCCCAGAGGGGGAAAGUCGGCCACCCCCUGCCAGCCCGGGCCCCAACACGAACAUUCCUUCCAUAGCCAGCAAUGUUGUCAAGGUCUCUGCCUUGUAAAACCACUGGACAGAAAGCCACAUGGGGUAGGGGGAGUGAAGGGGGCUGGCAUGUUGGUGGGUGGCCAGUGGGACCACUCCCUCCCCCAUUCUCCACUAUUUCUGCCUGCCCCAUUGCACCCCUAGCACUGAGAAGGAAAAAGAGGCAGCAAGGGGCACCCAUGGUCCCCACUGCUGACCUGGACAUAGCCCUGUGAUACUGCAUCUCACUGGGGCCAGAGAAAGGGAGG